AUGGCUGACAGGUUAUCUUCAGUAGAAAGGACAACUUCAGAUGUUGCAUACUCAAAUCACGAAAAGUCACUAGGAUUCCAGAAAAGGAAAGGAAAGCUGAAAAGAGGACAGCCCGGGUUCAAGAGCGAAAGUCUGGCAAAGAAGCAGAAGGAGAAUCGCCGAGUCAAAGCGAACGACAGGGAGCGAAAUCGUAUGCAUAACCUGAACUCUGCGCUAGAUACCCUAAGGAGUGUGUUGCCCACAUUUCCAGACGAUGCCAAGCUCACCAAGAUCGAGACCCUUCGGUUUGCUCACAACUACAUUUGGGCGCUUACGGAGACUUUGCAAAUUGCAGAUCAGUAUCUAGUCGCUCCACGCCAACGGGACAUGAAAGAGCCGUUCUUCCAGAGCACAGGCGCCUGUCUUCCUAGCCUCGACAGUCCGUCUAGCGUCUGUUCAUCAGAAUGGGAAACAGCAGGCUAUUCGCCAUCUUCUGAAAACUCCCCCAGCUUAAGUCCGAAUGACGCACUGCAAAGAGCAUCUCACGCAAAAUCUUGGCUUUACUAG